CGGCGCCAACCAGCCGCAGUGCGCCUGCGCAGUCCUUUCUAGGAAUGUGUGGGCGGAGCCGCGCACCGGGUGACGUCACGGGCCUUGAACUUGACAGGAAGGAGGAAGAGGAGGCGACAUCUUGGUCUCUGGGGGAAGUAAACAAACCGGGUGGAAGGCAGUGCAGCCAUGGGUGGCGUUCUGGGACUGUGCUCUGUGGCCAGCUGGGUAAGGAUAUGGGGGUCCUCUGUCAUUUAAUAUAGGAUUCAGGGUUGUCAUGGUGACCCUGCUUUGUAAUGUUGGGUUAUCCAUCAGCCAUCCCAUAAUAUGAUGGGGGAUAGAAUAAUAAUAAUAAUAAUAAUAAUAUAAUAUGGGGGAUAGAAUAAUAAUAAUAAUAAUAAUAAUAUGGGGGAUAGAAUAAUAAUAAUAAUAAUAAUAAUAUGGGGGAUAGAAUAAUAAUAAUAAUAAUAAUAAUAUAAUAUGGGGGAUAGAAUAAUAAUAAUAAUAUGACGGGGGAUAGAAUAAUAAUAAUAAUAUGACGGGGGAUAGAAUAAUAAUAAUAAUAAUAUUAUAAUAUGGGGGAUAUAAUAAUAAUAUUAUAAUAUGGGGGAUAGAAUAUUAAUAUAAUAAUAUUAUAAUAUGGGGAUAUAAUAAUGAUGAUAAUAUGGGGAUAUAAUAAUGAUAAUAUGGGGAUUAUAAUAAUAGUAAUAUGGGGAUAUAAUAAUAAUAUGGGGAUAUAAUAAUAUGGGGGAUAUAUUAAUAUAAUAUGGGCUGAUUAAAUAGGGGAUAUAUUAAUAUUAAUAUGGGAUAAUUAAAUGGGGGAUAGAAUAUUAAUAUAAUAUGGGAUGAUUAAAUGGGGGAUAGAAUAUUAAUAUAAUAUGGGAUGAUUAGAUGGGGGAUAGAAAAUUAAUAUAAUAUGGGAUGAUUAGAUGGGGGAUAGAAUAUUAAUAUAAUAUGGGAUAAUCACAUGGGGGAUAGACUAUUAAUAUAAUAUGGGAUAAUCACAUGGGGGAUAGACUAUUAAUAUAAUAUGGGAUAAUCACAUGGGGGAUAGAAUAUUAAUAUAAUAUGGGAUAAUCACAUGGGGGAUAGAAUAUUAAUAUAAUAUGGGAUAAUCACAUGGGGGAUAGAAUAUUAAUAUAAUAUGGGAUAAUUACAUGGGGGAUACAAUAUUAGUUAUAUAAUAUGGGAUGAUUAGAUGUGGGAUACAAUAUUAGUUAUAUAAUAUGGGAUGAUUAGAUGUGGGAUAUAAUAUUAUUAUAAUAUGUGCUGAUUAAAGGGAUAAAAUAUUCAAAUGGAAAAGCCUGAUGUCUGGGGACUACAUUUCCCCUGAUGCUUAGCCAGAAAGGUUUAAAGAGUCUGUAACUGGUAGAGAUGUUUGUGCCCCAGACUGGCAAUGAAAUAUAAUACUUUACUUGCCAAGCAGAGUGUAAAAGAAAAUGCAAUAUCCUUGGGGCCUUAUCAAUACAUAUGUGACAGGGUUAUGUAUUAAAGUAACACUUUAAGCACCGUAAACACUGUAGUGGUUAUGGUGCGAUAAAUGGCCUGGCGCCCCAUCCCAAUGAAAGUAUCCUAGCGGUUUGACUGUUUAAAUAGGGUUGACCAGGCGCUGGGCACCUCCUCAUGAGAGCCGAAAGCAAUCUGCCUUCACUAAUUAGAUUUAGAGUGUACAAGGCAUGCUGGGUGUUAGCUGUAGUGAUUAUGGUGCUUGGUGUUCAUUUAAAACAUCACUUUUUGGGAAUUCACUAAGCUCCAAAUUGUGUCAAACUGAGAGCCAAAUGGCUAAGAUAGCCGAGCUGUGUCUGUAGUUCGGCUGGAGAAUUCCUCCAGUACAGCGAUGUUUGCUUUUAUUUAUUAUUUUAAAUGUCUACUUUGACCUAAAAUUUUAAAAUAAUUUUGAAUUCCUGGUAUUUAACACUUUAAAGUAAAACACUGAAAGGCUAUUGUGACAAAGUUGAGUUGGAGAAUUUUUCCAGAUCUGCUAUUUUUUUGCGUUUUGGAUUUCAGUUCACCUGAAGUCCCAGUUAAGUGAAUAAAUAAAGUAAUUGACGUCUACCCAGUUUAAUGUAUUUAUUUACAUUGUAAGCCACCUGUUUUAAGAAUGAAUAAUCAGGUGGUGAAGACGUUCUAUCAGGCUAAUAACAUAUAACUGAAUGCUAAAGCCUUGUAAAUUAAGUUAUUGCGAUUUAUCGUCCGGAAUUUUCACUUACCUUUUUUAGUUGUAAUACAUGGUUUCUCUUAAACGAACACUCCAAUCACAAUAAGUACUACAGCGGUCAUGGUGCCAGGCGUUCAUUGGUGCCCCCCAUUGUAAGUCAUCAAAAUGUUUUGGAAUAGUUUGACUUCUUACCUUAGGUCCGCUGGACACCUCUUCCUGCCUCCGCUACACCUGACAGAGAGCUGGGACUUGUGUAGGCUAACCUUAAUUGAUCGCUUUAAUACACUAAUACCUGAGCUUCUGUCAGAAGUAGCUUAGUUCUGGAGCAGCAACUGCUGCACCACAGUUUAGAAGCCAAAUCAGUUCUAAAAUAAUUUGACUACUUACAGUGGUGGGCGUCUGGACACUGCUGGCACCAUAACCACUACACUGUGUUUUGAACCAUGACCGUGUUUAAUCAUGGGCUUGCGCUGCACUUUCCCUCAGUCUUCCUGAUACCAGGUAACAGUGAUUGGGAAGAAUAAAAGGAAGCAAUUGUGUGCCUUAAAAGAUCUGAACAUUCUACUGGCAUAUUUUGUUUGUAUAAUUUACCUCUAUUCCCUUUGCAUAAUGGUAAAAUAACUUUGAAAUAUGGCGCAUCAGAUGCCCACAUGGUGGUGACAGCACGCUUUAGUGCUUAGCGUUUUUGUUCAGAGAAUCUGUGUCUAACUUGAAUAGCGAGAUUGCUUAUGUAUGGGCAGAUGAUUGGAAUGUACCCAGUUUUACCUUGGUUUCCAAAUACAAUAAAUGUAUUUAUUGAAUAUUUUUAUAAAGACAGGUAUGUAUUUUUCUACCUGAAGGUCUAGGCUUCUUUAUAUUCCCACAGUUUAGUUAUUUUUUUUAUUUUUUUUUGUGCGUUUUGUUUUUUUAAUUUUUGUUACACACACCUGCAUUAGUUGCCGUUGGCAUGUGUAACUUCUUCCUUUGCAAUGUGUUGCUCAACACUCUGACAUGUUAAUAAACGUUUAUUGUACUUCCUGUUGAAGACACUCAUACACUGGCUACAAGUUUGUAGCCUGAUGACAUUUGUCACCAGGGAUCAUUGGUGCAGAGCUACACAUGUACUUAACCCUUAAAAUGUUUGUGCUUCCUGCCAUUUUUUUCUACCAGUUUUUCCCAGUCUUCGGUAAAUGUGAUUAGUUUAAUAGGAUAAAAAUAGAAGUUUAAAGGGUAACUGUCACUUGCCAGGAUUUUUAAUACUUACCACUAAAUUUAGCAUUUUGUAUCUGUGAGUUCUUGAAAAACCCCAUAAAAUAUAUGAAUAGAAUGUAUCCUCCUACUGAUUGCCUCCCCUUGAACUCCCUGUCAGUGUUGGUCCUUCCCACCUAGCAUUAAGAGAAAAAUGAAACUUUAUUUUGCAAUUUUCAUUCUGUAUUGGAUUGUGAUCAUUUGCUAAAUCUUAAAUAUAAAUUUACCAGAAAACAGAAAAUCUAGUUAAAAAAAAAAAAAAAGUUAACGCAUGUUCUAGGUGAUGUGGAGUCAAUAAAAUUUUAAUACUGGCGCGCUACCUUUUGGCCUAUUCUUUGGCUACCACAAUAAUGAGCUCCUAGGCUUGAUAAGAACCAAUACUUAAAUUAAUUAAAAUAAAGUAUUAUUUUUCUAUACGUGCAAUGUUAUGAUAUACAGCUCCAUUAAAGGAACACUAUGCACCAUGACAGCUUCAUCUGAAUGAAGUGGUUAUGGUGCCAGGAGGUCCUUGUGCCCCUUUACCUUUAGGGGUUAAACCAUUUGUGAAUUAUUUAACCUCAGAGUCUUCUCUCCAGCACCAUAUCGCUCUGUCCUGUCCUCUCGCGUCUCACAGGAAGCUUGGACUGACGCAGACAGGGGCGCUGCUAAUUACUUGCGUUUCUCACGCUGUUUUGUGGAUUUACGGAUUACCCAGUUGUGUCUAAGGUGUUUUUAGUAGAAGAAAAAACACUCUAGACACAACAAGGUAUUCCAUAAAUCUUGGAUUGGUAGGGUGUACUUGAGGACUGGGUUGGGAACCGCUGGCUUAAAGCAUCAGCUGACUCUCUCAGAUAACCAGUGGCUCCUCUAUCCGUAGCAGUCUGAGGCCUUCUAUUUGAAGAAUCUGUGAGCAGUGAAUACAGUUCUGAUUGGUUAUAUCUUAGUCCCGUUUUGAGGUCAUGGUGAAUUCUGUAAAGUUUUGGGGAUUUGCAGUAAAUACAGGAAUUUCAAAGAUAAAUAUUGGUUUCAGUACAUAUUCGUUUUUUUUUUUUCAUCAUCCAACGUGACAGCCAGUAGAGGUGUGUUUUAUUACCAAAUGUAAAGAUUGGUGUUCUCUGAAACACCAGUGUUUAACAUUUCCACAAAAUAUGAAGUGAUUUUGGUGCUUAGUGUCCUUUUAAUGCUAACAGUUAUCGGGAAGAUCUUGAAAUGUCUUAUUACCAAACUAGCUUUCUCUUGGAAAGAUCUAGAUUUCAGAGCAAUUUUGCUUAAAGGGACACUAUAGUCAUCUAAACAAAUUUAGUUUAACCCCUUAAGGACACAACUUCUGGAAUAAAAGGGAAUCAUGACGGAAUAUUUCUGUCAUGUGUCCUUAAGGGGUUAAUGAAGCAGUUUUGGUGUAUAGAUCAGGCCUCUGAAGUCUCAAUGCUUUAUUCUCUGCCAUUUACGAGUUAAAUCAUUUUUGGUUUUGUCCAUGCAGCUCUCCCCUGGCUGUGUCUGACAUCUUAAAUCAGAUGUUAAGUAACAUUAGAAGGUUUUUAUCUCCUGCUCAGUAAAUUACACUUUAAUCGCACACAGGAGGCUCCUGCAAGGUCUGGCAAGCCAUUAUCCAAGCAGGAGAUAAGAAAUUCUAAAUUGAACAGAAUGUGCAAUAAAGGAAGUUUAAAGAUUAUGUAACUCGUCACAGGAAUUGUUUAGGAUGUGACUAGUGCUGCAUAAAAUGACAGAAAAUUGAGCAGUGAGACUGCGGGUGCAUGAUAUAUAUACCAAAACUGCUUCAUUGGGCUAAAGUUGUUUUGGUGAUUAUAGUUUUUCUUUUAGAGGACUUUUUUUUUUUUUUUCAACGUUACAAACUAUAAUAUAGCAAGGAAAAGUAUGUAAUAAACUUUUAUAAACGUACUAUAAACUAGGUCAGAUUGCAAUGAUAGGGACACUUCUUCAGCACUCCCUCUUACUCACCCGCUAAUCCACCUAUCUGUUUCAGACCCAGUCCAUUUAUGACAGAACCAGAACAUAACUGUGCAGCAGUCUUCCAGCUGCACUUGUAUGGCUCUGUUUACAGCAUUUGCAGGCAUAGCCCACUGGUUGGUUUAUUUCCGUGCCAGGAGUGGGUGUGGUGUGCAUAAGAUAGAAAAACAGCUAUACAUGUAUUCUUUGCAGAGUUGUCUCAAAGUAAUGCAUGUCUCUUUAAAAAAAACAAAAACAACAACAUUUACAUGGGGUCUUUUAGUGUUACAAAGUCUGUCUGCCACAAUAGUAGCAAAUCAACCAUAGGUUGAUCGUGCUCAUUGCAUGGCAUUCGAUAAUCAGAUUUCGUGCCACUGUUCCCAAAUGAUUCAUUUUGUUUUUCUUCAAGUGGUUAGUAGAAACGAUAUCCCCUGUAUCAGUUUAGUGUUAACUUGAAUGUCGCAUCAUGCAGUGCAAGGGUUUUGUCUCAGAAAGUAAUUUAAAUGUAAUAUUUGUUUUUGUUUUUCCCCAGAUUCCUUGUCUGUGCAGCAGUGCUGCCUGUGUCGUUUGCAGAUGCUGCCCAAACACCGGCAAUUCUACUGUGACGCGUCUUGUGUACGCUUUCCUGAUGCUGCUUGGGGCUCUCCUCUCCUGCGUGAUGCUCACACCGGGAAUAUCGGACCAGCUGAAAAAGGUAUAUCUGAUAAUAGAAGCUAUUAAUACAGAUAGCUUGUUCACACAUGGUGUCUAAAGGAGAUGAACCAUAGAAAGGAGAAAGUCUGUAGUGGAUUGAGGCUUUUUCAUUUUAAACAGAUAUUUAUUCACUAAAGGGAGAGUUGUUGGGAAUUGCAAGGGAAUUUGAAAUUUGAGGACAAAAUAUCUGGAAUCAUAGCUAUCUUGAAGAACUUUUCCAGAUCAGCCAUUUUGGCGUUAAGUUUGAAAUUCACUUUGAACUCCUGACAAUUCUUACUUUUGUGAAUAACUCUGUUUGUGUGUUCUGUUGGCACAAACAUACCCAAAGUUUGUGUACAGAGACAUGGCAUCAUGUACAAUUAUUGUGCGUGGUGAUUGUGGGAAUAAAAGAAAACUUUUACCUAGUAGUGUGGCUAGAUUAUUGUGUAAGUAAAAAUGUGUUCUUUACACAAAUUAGACCAUUUAUCCAUCAGUUGAUGUCCAGUCCGCUUUAAAUGAACCUAUUUUGAAGUUAUUCUGAUCAAUCACAGUUCAGAUAUAUUUUCCUAAUUUCCCAUGGUUGAAUUAUGUUCUUUAUAGCAUUUAGAUUGCUGCGUGCCUUUUAGAUUUACUUCCAAGCGGACAUCAGGCUGCUUGAAAAUGGUCAAAGUUUAAUUGUGGUUUUCAUUCUCAAAGUAACACAUCUCCCAACAGGAAGCCAAUAUAAUAGGUAUUUGGACUUGUUUUUGCUCUGCACCUGUCUUAAAGAUUUUCCUUCGUAUUAUUGUUUAGUUACUCUUUUUUUAAUGAUUUGGCCGAAUUUUUAGGGAUUUUUACCUUUUUAUAUGCUCUUUUUUAUGAUUUGCCACUCCUACUUAUAAGGAUUAAGCCUGGUGUGUGUAUGGCUGUUUUUAAAAUUACCAAACUGUCUUGCAGAGUGUGGACUUUUAAGUAUACAUGCACUAACGUAACAAGCUCCAGAAAUUGUAUGUUUCAAGUCUGCAUCUAGGGCUGUUUAGUGAGACACAUUGUUCUCCCAAAAUCACGGCACAAUCCCAGAAUGCUGUGCUAUAUGACUGACUAGCAUGGCUGCACUUUUAUGCUUCUGUGCUCAAAUCCUCCAUAUUGAAUGCAUGUUUAUUUGCACAUUUUGUUGUAGCAUAGAUAAAAUUGCAGUCUCCAUUAUUACCACUAUGGUACAUUGCAUGACAGAAAUACACAAAAUAAGUCGUAGUUGUUACCUUGUCCCUGUGGGAAAUACAGAAUUGCAAGCAAACAUACUCCUCUCCAAUUAGCGAACACUCCUGAAAAUCUGCCUAUUCACAAAUGAAAUUCUUUGACUCCUUGGUAGUUCUUUCAAGCUUCUGGCCCACCCAGCCUGUUUGCUGUAGUCUCUAUCUCGCCAAAUCAUUUGACCUCACUACAUCUUUCCUUGUCCCCACCAUUGUAUUUGCUCUGUUGUGUGUUCCCAUCCAUCUUUGCUUUUCUCAUGUUAUGAUCUAGCCUGAUCCCACCUGAAUGUAUUGUAUACAGCGAGAUUACAUGUGACUUAAAAUUGUCAAGUGACCGGGACAUAAGUGACUUCUCUUACGAUUUUUUUUUUUUUUUUUCCCGACCCAGGUGCCUGGAUUUUGCGAAGAAAGCUUUGGCUCUGAGAUCUUGCAUAGAAAUGGCUAUGUGAACUGCAAUAUGUUAGUUGGAUACAAAGCUGUCUAUCGUGUGGGCUUCGCUAUGAGCGUGUUUUUCUUUUUGUUCAGCCUGCUGAUGUUUAAUGUGAAAACUAGCAGAGAUCCAAGGGCUGCCAUACACAAUGGGUGAGCUUGAAUGAUCUUUGUUAAAAAUGUUCUUAUACUUAUUAAAUGUAAGAAUACAAUUUCAGCUAUCGAAGAAUAUAGUAAUAAAAUCAAUAUGAAUGUGUUUAUCUAACUUGUGGAAACUCCAGUCUCAAAGCUGACAUUUUCGUAUUUCAUGUCACCCAAACGCGACUUCAUUUGCCUUUUGCUUGCGUUAUAGUUGAAUUUUCAUGCUUGUUCGUUUCUAAAUCGUACAUCCCUUGGAGUAAAGACACAAAUGUCAAUAAUAUGUCAGUGAAAUUCUCAAUGGAUUUCUUUAAUAUAUCCAAACUCUAAUGAAUAUGCAAGGGACUUAUUCAUUACACGUCUGAUUGACGGGUGACACAAGUGGACCGCUUCGGGAGCGGAUAAUUUGGUCCUUUUGGUAUUCUAUAAUUUACAUGACACAUUAAAAAAACAAUGUACAGACAAUGAUAAUCAUAGCAUAGGUGCUUUAACUUGGUUUGAUGGCGCUAUCACCUUUACAGAUACCUGUGUAAUAUGAUAAUUUUUAAUUGUUAUAGAUUCUGGUUCUUCAAAAUAUUGAUAAUCGUUGGAAUUAUGGUUGGGGCUUUCUACAUUCCAGAAGGGUCGUUUACAAGAGGUAAUCACACUAAUAACACCAUUCACUACUUGAGAGAGAAUGUGUGUAUUUUUUUAACCAAAGGCCCACCUAGUUGUACAGCACAUCCCAUGAAUUCUUUAUAUGAGAGGAUGGCAAAUUUAGAAUCUAGGAGAGAGGAAGAUCUGGUAAAAUGCAGCUUGUUGUAAUUUUUUAUCUUUGAAGACAUUUUUGUUGUAUUGUACAAAGUUUUACAGAAAUUGUUUUCUGUUUUUAAAAAACAAACAAAAAUUAAUUCAAAAUAUAUAUUUUUUCAUAUUAAAAAGAUCUUCCUCCAGCCCCUCCACUUUAUACCUCUUAAUGGUGUUUUGCUUAUCACAUUGAAAAUGUUGCCGAAUGCUCUUACUAAUAGCCAUGGUAUUACUGUUUGUACUGCAUCAUCGCAUGCUCGAGAGUACAAUUCAUAUGUCUGUGGAGGAUCCGGCGGGAUUGCGGCAACCUCCAAAGACCAUGCCUUUUUCUCCAGAGCCAUCACUAGUGACGGCUAGGAGAAAUGAGAAAACCGAAGAGCGGUAGCUACACAUUUUGUUUGGGGAGAGGGUGAUCCACUUUUAAAUGUCACUGUUACGUUUAAGCCGUGCUCCAUUAAUAGCCGUAUUAACUUACACGUUUUUUUUUUCUUUGCCAGAUGAGAAUUCCAGUUUUAAUGCUGACUCUUAUUUAAAAACAUACAUUUUAAGAGCUGCACUCAAACUGUUAUAGCCCAGAAGUCUUCAGGGUUCUUUACUAAAGUAAGAAUUCAUAGUGAAUUUUAAUUUCAGGAUAAAAAUAGCCAAAGUGGAAGAUUCUCUAAGUCAGCUAGGUUUCCAGUUCAGUUACUUUCCCCUUAAGUAAGAAGUUCACUUGAAAUUUACUUUGAAGUUUUACUUUUAUUGAAUAACCCUGAAUGUGUUUGUGGCAUUAGAUAUGUUUUGAUUUAGAAUUUUUUUUUUUUUUUUUUUUGAGAUACAGAAAAGGGCAUGUGGAGUAGUAAGAGAGGGGCUUCAAAGAGGGAUCUUUACCUUUUGAAGUCUUGAUAAUGUGGUCAUACACCCAACUCAAUACGUUCAGAGCAAAUUAAUUUUCACAAAUUAGAAAUGGCAGUGAUCUUCCAUGGCAUCUCCGACACUCAGUAGGUUUUCUAAAUAAAUAUGGUGUAAUAUAUAGAAGAUAUACAUCACCGUCUCAAUAGGAGUUUAUAGUCAAUCUCUUGUAUUUUUUAAGAAACCGCUAAUGUCCAAUUAAAGUAAAUAUGUUGGCUAUUUAUGCUAAGUGACCAGGUUACCUGUAUUCGAGAUGUCUCGGUUUAUGGAGGACAUGUGACAGCAGACUAGCAAAACCUAUGGCUAACAUUCACAGGCUGGGCAAAAAAUCUCUAUAGAAUUUUAAUUUAUUUUUUUCCAACCUGGCUACUUUAACUUUAAUAUAGUCAGUCCCUUAUCAUCAGCGUGUGUCAUAAACUCCUCUAAGAUAGUGCACGCCAUUGCCUUACUCAUUACGCAGAUUUGUCUUCCUGGGUCUUUGCCUAAACAUUCGGGUUAAACCUUGCAUUCUUUUCUGUAGGGUGGUUUGGGGUCGGCAUCGGAGGAGCCUGCUCGUUCAUCGUUAUCCAGUUGGUGCUGCUGAAUGAUUUUGCACACUCGUUAAAUGAAAGAUGGGUCCAGCGUAUGGAGGAGGGAAACUCAAAGUGCUGGUACGCAGGUAAGAUGUGGCCCCACUUAAGCUUCAUCAGAAAUGUGCUAGCGACAAUUUUUUUUGCUCCCUUCGGAGUUGAUGCAGUUGACUUCUUAAUAUUUUUUUUUCUGAACAUCCUGAUUUUGUACCUCCCUUCCUGAUUUUGUUUGAUCACUGAAUAACAAAUCCUAAUUCAGGUGACAGAUCUGCUAUAAAGUGAUAUCUAAACUGAAAAAAUUUAUUUUAAGAAUUUCUGUUCCGUGUUUACAAGGUUUUCUCCUCAGCCCAAUCCUCCUUGAUUUAUGUCACGCCUCUUUACUGGAGGGGAAGGCAGACAGACUGUGUGGAGGAGAUUGUCUGGCGCCUGCAUGGUGUGCGUGCUGGAGUCAGAUUUAGUUUUGCACAGAAUUGACAUUAGUCACCCAAAACUCUUGUUGCUCGGGUUCGAGUUACAGUUGACAGCUAAAAGGUUAAUCUCUGUAUGUGCAGCGUUUCAAUUUGAAACACUACACAUUAGACUCCAGGCACCAUGACCACGUCAAUCAUUCAGGUGGUCAUGGUGCUUUAAUACUUGGGUCUAUUUUGCGUGUCAUGGCGUGUUAGUGGGUCUCACUGAGAAUUUGUGGUUAUGCAUGUGUCCGUCGGUAUUCUUUAAGUGGGUAGUUUGAGGAAUGUUUGUGUGGAUAGGUGUCCGUAUAGGGCCAGUCCUGUCUAUGCAGCUGUUCUGAUCAUAUUUCCAUGGAUUCAGAAACAAUUAAACUGGAGAUUCAUGAUUUGUGACAUCACCCGUCAUCAUUCCUCGUAAUAAAAACCUGUGCACAGAUCAGAGCCCUGUGUUAGUGGGAGUUACGCUCCUUAGCAACAGAUGAUAUCUGGGACUGUGCGUUCCACUGAUCUGUGGCAUAUAUUUUAAAUUCUUGUUAUUUUUUUGUGACAUGUUGCAAAUAUUUAGUAAAACAUAUUCUGACAAUGGAAGGGAGUGAAGAGUAUCCUCUCAUAAUCUUUCAAUGGGCUCUCUUAAAGGGAUAUUCCAACCACCAUUACCACUUCAGUGAUUAGAAGUGGUUAUUGUGGUAGAAGUAUGUAUAUGCAGUGUUUCUGCUUGAAACUCUGCACAUAUUGAGAUAUUUUUGUGUGCCAGGGGCAAGUUGCACCGCCAGCACACGUAACAUUGGUUUGCCCAGGGCAGCCAGUGUUAAUUCUGUACAUAUUUUGCAUCUGUUGUAAGCACGUUGGUGACAGACAUGCUAAUUUCUCCCUUACAGGCAGAGCGCCUGCUUCCCCAUUCCCUUCCACUGUGUGCUACCUCACGACUCCCUCUAUGGCACAGCAGUAUUCAUGUGUUUUUUAAAAAACUCCCGACGCUCACCGGCCCCGAGUGUGCUUUUUAGAUCAGGGGUCCUCAAACUCCGGCCCCCCAGAUGUUGCUGAGCUACAACUCCCUUGAUUCUCUUCUUAGAGAAGCCUGUGACUUGAAUUCUUGAGGCCCCUGUGACGUAGGAGGGGGUGGGGAAGUCCGUGCCGAGAGCUUUACCUGGCCCUGGAUUCCAGGUAAGUAAAACGGUUUUAUUUUUUGCCUUUUUUACUGUAAGCUUACUAUUUCCCCUGUGGGAAAGCAGUUGCAUAAACCAUAUCACUUUGUGUGGCCCAUUGUGUCCUGAUAAUUUAAUUUCUUCCAUUUUAUUUUAGUGUUGCUCUCUGUUACUGGAUUUCUCUACACUGUGGCUGCGAUCGGUGUGGUCCUUUUCUAUGUUUUCUACACAAAAUCCGAUGGAUGCACAGAAAACAAAUUCUUCAUCAGUUUUAACCUGAUACUGUGUGUCAUUUUAUCUGUGAUUUCCAUCCUCCCUAAAAUUCAGGUACUUUGUGUGUGCUGUAAUAUCCUUAAUUCUGGAUACAUUAUUAGAGCAUUUAAUGAAUGUUUGUUCCGUUCAGGAUGCGAAUCCAAAUUCUGGUCUUCUUCAGUCAUCAGUGAUCACCCUGUACACUGUAUACCUGACCUGGUCUGCAAUGUCCAAUGAACCUGGUGAGUAUCGUCAAACUAAUGACAUUACACUUGUGCAGAGAUCUCCAGCUAUAGCAUAGACUGAUCGCAGAGUGGGUUUAAUGCGAGACCUUGUAUCACAAGUAAAACCAUUAUUUGCUCUUGUUUUCAGAUCGAAGUUGUAACCCAAGUUUACUCAGCAUCAUUUCCUCUGUAUCCUCUCCAACGCACAACCCAGCAAAUGGAACCAUGGUACCUGCCACAGUUGAACCACCAAAGUCCUUGCAGUGGUGGGAUACCCAGAAUAUUAUCGGGCUUGUACUCUUUGUGUUUUGUCUGCUGUAUUCCAGGUGAGCUUGAAAGUAUGGUGUUCAUGGUAAAGCCAGCCGUGGUUAUAAAUAACAGCACACACAAUACUUAGCUUUUAUUAUGAUCCAUUUCGAAAUUAAUAAACCGGAACAGCACACUGGUGACCCAAGCCAGCUGGCAGCAUUUUGUCAAACGCUUUAUCAAACGAUGUGUAGUUCAGCCUGUUUUUACAGCUAUAAACCUGCCUAUCUUUUGAUUCCGGCACCAGUUCUGGAACAAAUCGGAAGGAUGUAAAAAUAUUUCAAAUAACACCAGCCCAUUAGGUGGAUGCUGAGUCUUAAUAAGGGGAAAUGGUUUCUGGAAAACUACUUUUAGAACUAGGUUUAAAUGCAUUUAAAAAAAAAAAAAAAAAAAACCUUCCCAAAAUAUCAAAACAUAUAUGCAAUCUAAAGGAAUAAAAAUAGUAGGAGGAGUAAUUAUUGUACUCACAAAGGUACAAUUGAUAGUAGGCACGUAAAAAAAAAAACCUUAACCAUAAAUGACGUUCUUUCUCUUCCCUCCUGUUCAGUACACGAAAGGAAAGGAGAGCGACAAACCCAUAGUGUAGCAGUAUAAACACAGUUAACAGCUUUAUUUACAAGAUAAUAAACAGUCCGGCACAUCAAUAACUCACACUUUUUUCCUGGACCAGGAUCUGCAUAAGGUUCUUCAGGAAUGGUUGUGCAGCAGCAAUACAAAAUAAACAGUAAAAAAACACUUGAUUAAAAAAAAAAAAAAAAUCAAACACUAGAUAUGUCUCUUAGCUUCCCAAAAUAUGUAGAACUUUUUUGUUUUGUUUUACUCUGCAAGGAAAUGGCACACUUGAAAUAAAAUGAACAGUAAAUGCCUAUACAAUAUGAAAACCUUGCUAGCAAGUGUUAUUACUGCAACCCUAGCUGUGGGUUUAUUUGAUAUGGAUAUUGUGAUGUUCUGUGAAUACAAUUUUUAAAGCGUCUCUCUCACCUUCUAUGGAGUCUGCAUAUUUUGCAAAGGUCUCCGAUGUUCACAUUGCGGUGCAGAGGAAGAUAUAUUUUACUUCUGUGAAGCGGUCUCUCGCUAACCAUCUGGUACAUUCUAUUUAGCUCCCGAUGCUUAAUCUGUCAGGAGCCCACACAUGUGAGAAUACAUCUCUGAUGGCUCAUGGAAGAUUCUAUGAGAGCAUCCUUAGACAAAGCCUUUUUCCUCAUAGCUAUCACUAGUGAAUUUCCAAGACUAUGUGCUUAUUUCAUAAAUAUUUGAUUUUUUGGGGGGGGAUGUGGGCUGUGACAGAGGCUCUUAAUUAUUGUAGAUCUAAAUAUUACAAGUAUUUUCACAGAGUAAAAUCCGUUGAAUCACAAACACACUAAAUUCUAAUGCAGCAUUCCUGGUCGGACAUGUUUUGUUUUUCCACCAAAUGAAAGCAAGAUCUAAAUUUGAUUUAAUGCAUUUUAGGUUUUAAAUUGCUCAUUAUAUUCGUCCCCAUUCUGUUGCAGUAUCCGUAACUCCUCCCACAGCCAAGUCAAUAAGCUUACUCUGUCUGGACACGACAGCGUCAUGCUCGAUGACACUACAGGAAGCAACGUUGGACUGGAAGAUGGGGAGGUCCGUCGUGUUGAGGACAAUGAAAAAGAUGGCGUUCAGUACAGCUAUUCUUUUUAUCAUGCCUUGUUGUGCUUUGCAUCUCUUUAUGUAAUGAUGACUCUCACUAACUGGUACAGGUGAGUGGAACUGUGCAUGAAGUAAUAUUUCAUUCUAGCUGCCUAUAGCUUGGCUUAUAUAGUAAAAACAAAAGGGAAUUGGGGGGACCAUGCAUCUUGCAGGAAUAGUACUGCCGUAGUGACCAAAAUGUAUACGUAAUACAGAUUAAGGAACAGUGGACUAAUAAAAUACAUUUCUAGAUUUUACAAGGCUACUUAAAAUGACCUAUCUCAGCACACAAAUAUGGGAAUUCAGUUCCACCAUAUGGCCAUAUUGUGUUAAAGGGAAACUAUAGUGCCAGGAAAAAAAACUGGCACCCUCCUCAUGGUGCAGAAGGGGUUAAAACCCCUUCUGUCACUUACCUUGUUCCAGUGCCGAUGUCCCUCGGUGCUGGCUCAGUUUUGCCCACUCUCCUCCCCUGUAUACGUCCACCGGUGGGGAAGACCUAAUGCGAAUGCGUGGCAAUGGCCGCACUUGCAUUAGGAUCUCCCCAUAGGAAACUAUUAUACGAUGCUUUCCUAUGGGGACAGUCUGACGCUGGAGGUCCUCAUGCAUAGCGUGAUGACGUCUAGCGUCCGAUACCGGACAGUUUCAUGUCUGGUAGACGGCCACUAGAGGAUUAGUUAACCCUCAGAGGUAUUUAUUGCAGUUUAUAUAAAAAAUGCAAUAAUUACCACUGCAAGGUUAAGGGUGAUGGGAGUUUGCAGCCAGACCACUUCAAUAAGCUGAAGUGGUCUGGGUGCCUACAGUGUUCCUUUAAGCCCCCACUACUUCACAGUACCCCAAUAAUUGGUGGGUCCUACACUAAUUCCAAACUUGGGAGACAAAUGGUGCUAGUGCUAAAUAAGCUGAAGUGUAUUUAAACAAUCUGUUAGUAAGAGCAUUGAGAAUAUAUAUAUAUAUAUAUAUAUAUAUAUUGCAAAUUAAUCUGAUACAUGGAAUUAAAACUAAAUUAAACAAUUAAAGUGCUUAUUUGUAUACACUCUCAAUGCAAAUUAUAUAUCUGCUGUAUGAAAGAUAUAAUUGAAGUGACAUUACUUUCCAAAACCUGAUAGAAAAUGUCAAACACCAGAGUCUGUUUAAAGAAAUUCCUUGAAGUCCAUCUGCCCAAUGGAUAUAAUAUUGUAACGACAAAACCAUUUAACGCUCCUUUGUAAAUUAGCUUUUUUUUUUCUUUUUUGCAGCCCGGAUGCGGAUCUUAAGACCAUAACUAGCAAGUGGCCCGCUGUUUGGGUAAAGAUGGGUUCCAGCUGGGCGUGCCUGCUGCUGUAUCUCUGGACCAUGAUAGCGCCCCUAAUCCUCACCAAUCGCGACUUCAGUUAAAUUUAGCCAACGAAGAGCAAAAUUACAACUUUUGCUGGUAUAAACUUAACACCCACACAAACAAAACGCGUUGGGUUUCACUGUAAGAAAUGUUUGUUUUAUUUGGGGGUCAUUUCACAAACUACUGGUUUGCCAAGUUAGGAGGGGAAAGGAUUCCUCCUUUGUUUUUGCUACAGUUUGAAGUCUGUUCGCUAGACACUAAUCAAUGUUUAGUGAAUUGACCCCCUUAAUCAAGCUUUAUAUUAUGUAUUCUGCUGCUUUUAUUUGCUACUGCUGAUCUGCCUGAUAUAUGGUAUCAAAGAAACCUUUUUAAUCUAGUAUUAAAUGGAUGUCAGAUUUUCUAUAUGUUCUAUUUAUGUGGCACUACUUACUGUAAUUGAUGGUGUUAUAAUAUACAGUAAUUGUUUUUGUAAGCUGUUCUGCUAAUCUUUGAAGAUAUGUUUUUUUAUUCUGUGUUUUGUGGCAAUUGGGUUUACAAUCUUUGUCAUGAUGGCAGUUGUAUAAGACAAUUGGAGUGCCAAAGAUUGCCCCCACCCCUUGGACCAGAUCAUAUUGUGUAAUGCAGGACAUUGCAACAAUUGUGGACAGUGACCAAGUACAACAGGAUUAUUAACGAAAGUGAGAAUUGCCAGGAAUUUCACAGGUAAAACCAAUAGUCAGACUGAAAGUAGAAUUUACAUGGAUAAUUUAUUUCGGCGUAUCUUGAAAUUCACUUUGAUUUAUCACUUUAGCAAAUACCCCUUUUAAUUUUUAACACUGAAAUUGUCAUAGAUCUCUGUUACCCGUCUGUUUAUUGGUUGUGGAAUAUAAUGUCCAAAGAAUGUGCUGAUGUAUAUCAUUAAAUGGCAUCCAUCAUCAAAACUAACCUACACAGCCAUGCUUACAGUCCUGCCAACACAACCUGAAAUACGCCAAUUGCAUUAUACAAGUGUAGACUUACAGCAAUUCUUGUGUGUUUUUAUGAGGGAAAACACAUGUGGUUCAUUUUCAGAUGUUAGAGUGCCAAAGGUAAGACAUUCAUUUUAUUUGAAAAUGUCCACUCUAUAGUAUGUCAAAUUUCAUUUCUACAUUCCAAUAAACAGAGGAAUAUGACUAUCACCUAUUACUGAAGUGAGUGCUUCCCAUCCAUUGUUUUUUCUCCCCUUUUUUAACCAGUCCUUGCAGGAACGUCUGGUUGGAUCUACACUGCUCAAAGGAACACUAUAUAGUCACUGGAACCAUUACAGCUUAAAGUAGUGGUUCACGUUUCUACAGCCUGUCCUUGCAGCCUCAUCACUGUAAACUCUGCCUUUUCAAAGAAAAGGCAGUGUUUACAUUACUGCCUAGUAACACCUCUGAGACAGCCACUAGAAGUGCUUCUACGUUCAGCGUCUCCAUUUGAAAACAAAAAGAAUGAAGAUAUUAUUAAGGCAUUUAUAAAAGUUAGUUAACUCUAGUUUAAGACUUUGAUUAUUACACUUGGAUUUUUGGCAUUAGAAGAUAAACAAAAAUAACAUUUAAUUAAAUCUUUCUAAACCUUUCCCUAGGCAUCUAGUGCCAUGUUCCAAAAAAAUAUAAUACUCUUUAAAAAGAGAGAAUACAUUACAUUUUAAACAAACUGCAGUUGGCAAAAAACAUUUUUUGAAUUUAUUUAAAGUUCUCAUUUGAUGGUGAAAUUCCCUUUAAGGCAGAAUGGACGGAUAUAAUGUGAUGGUUGAGAAUGGUAUAAGCACUUAAAGGUUUGCACUGCAUUCUGUGUACUAUUUAAUAUAUAAAUAAAAUAAACUUUAAAUCAAG